AUGCACAGUAGCUAUCUACAACCGCCCAACAGCCAGUGCGUGAACGAUACUGUGAUCCGAACUGUGGUGCAACGGAGUACUCCUCUGUCUAGAGGUGAAGUGUGUUUGCAGUACAAUCAACCUUCGAAUCAACGGCAGACAUAUGAACAUUCGCUAUCUCCGACCGACACAGUUACGCCUGAGAUGACGAGGGACCAUGCCACGCAAACGAGGACUGCGAUGCUGGCAAAACCACCUCGAUGGAGGUCUCACUCGACGAUAUACCCAUGUUGUGCCACACGAGAUACCCAAAGGGAGAACAUCACCUCGACCAAUACUGAGUCACCGUUCGCGACUAGGGAGCGAGAACGAGAACGCCACCGCCUAAACCAAGAGCGCUACAGGGCGAGGCAGAAGAAACGCAUAACGGACCUUGAGGACGAUGUGCGAAGGCUAGCGAACGAGAUUGAAAACCUCAAAUUCGAGCUUCACGGCGUUCCCAUUGGUGUAACAUCUAAGCAGACUGUAUGGAAUGUUGCGACCGAAUAUUUCCGUCUUUUUCAAUACGGCUUGUCAGCAGGAGCGCUGCAUGGAUACGCGUUGAGCUUCUUGCAGAAAACAAUGUCACCGGACGUGACAGACGGACUCGAGUACGGACCAGAGUCGUUGCUGGAAAACUGGAGGUUGAUAUCAUUGCUUUUCGACGGCAUUGAUGUGCGACUUCACCAGCUGGUCGAAGUUGGUAAAAAAUCGGUGGUCGCCACCACAACAACCAGCAUCACAAUUUCGAAGAACACGGUGCUACGGGUAUUUCCUCACUUAGACAGUGACGGAACAGGCGGAGCUGAUGUGGUCAGGUGGUCUCCUCUGAGCGUGAAACUGCGGAGCCGGGCAAUCACCUUACACGGUUCAGUGCGCUUUGACUGGGACAACAAAUGCGAGCGCGUGAUCGGUAUCUACAGUCAAUCGGAUUUGCUGACACCAUUGCUUAGUCUUUUGGGAGACUUGGACGGCGUCGCACGCGUACUUGACGGAGCUCUGGUCACAUCGGAGUUUAGAAUAUCUAUGAAAGCGAGAUUUUAGUAUUUGGGCAGUAGGGCAUUCUCGGUACCAAUAUAUGUUUCAAGAG